GCGGAGCGGGCCGUGGAGGCCGGGGCGGGCGGCGGCGGGCCCGACGGCAGCGGCGGCUGCAGCGGGAGCGGGAGCAGGAGCGCUCGGCGUAGGCUCAGGGCCACCAUGAACGCGGCCGUGGUGAGGCGCACGCAGGAGGCGCUGGGCAAGGUGAUCCGGCGGCCGCCGCUGACGGAGAAGCUGCUCAACAAGCCGCCGUUCCGCUACCUGCACGACAUCAUCACGGAGGUGAUCCGGAUGACCGGCUUCAUGAAGGGCCUAUACUCGGAAGCUGAGAUGAAGUCCGACAACGUGAAGGAGAAAGAUGCCAAGAUGAGCUUCCUUCAGAAGGCCAUCGAUGUGGUGGCACUGGUGUCCGGGGAGCCGCUGUUGGCCAAGCCUGCACGGAUCGUAGCGGGCCAUGAUCCGGAGAGGACUAAUGAGUUGCUCCAGGUCAUUGGUCGAUGCUGCCUGCACAAGCUGUGCAGUGAUGAGGCGGUGAGGAGAGUGUUGUCUGGGGAGAAGGGGGAUGCCCGGGGGCGGGCCCCCCUGUCCUCCAGGUCGCAGCAAGUUGACAGCAAGAACGUGAGUGUGCGGGAGGACAGGGACCGAGUCCGCCGGGACACAGAGGAGCCAAGAGUGCCUGAGGCAGACCAGAGAAGCCCUAGCCAAGAACACAGGCAGGAGGAGCUUCGGGAGGAGAGCCGAGUGCGGGACAAGGCCAAGGACAGCAACCGCGAGAGACACAAGGAGGCCGAGAGAGACACCGAGAGAGAGAGGGCAAGGACCAGGACCCGAACAGAGCGGGAGCGGGAUCGGGACCGGGAUCGGGGCACCAAGAACGGGGACCGUGAAAGGGACCGGAAGAGUGAGGCAGGACGAGAGAAGGAGAGGUGGAAGGAGCGGGAACGGGACAAAGGCAGGGACCGGGACCGCGACAGGGACCGGGACCGCGACAAGGACCGAGACCGCGACCGUGACCGAGAUCGAGAUCGGGACAGGGACCGGGACCGGCGGCGGGCAAAAAAUGGAGAACGUGCCCGGGCUGCUGAGCGGGAGAAGAGCCGAGAGCAUGACGGUGCUGAGAGGAAGAGGACCUUUGUCUCUCAGUCUGCAGGCGUGGGGGAGAUGAGCAGAAGGCUGCCCGAUGGGGUCCUCAAAGACGGCAAGACUGAUCCCGAGGCUGAGCUGUCCAGUCGAGCAUCCAAGUCCAUGGUCGCAAAGGCAUCAAGGCGGCGAUCCAAGAAUUCCCUGGAAGGGAUAGGAGAUGCUGAAGUGCACUCAGCCAGUGUUCCUGAGAGCCACCCAGCCGGCCCGUGGCCGGAGAACCCCGAAACAGAGGCUGUAGGAAAGCAGCCAGGUGACACCUCGAGUGAGGCAGAUGCUGGGGCUGCUGCCCAGGGGAAGCCUGAGGUGCCUGAAAACCCGGAGGCUCCCAGUGAGCUGACCUCAAAUGUCAGAAGAAUAGCUCGGCCAGGGAGUGCCCGGCCCGCCCCUCCCCGUAUCAGACGCCAGGAAAGUGCUGAGGUGCCGACUGUUGACAGGGCCAGCAGCGGGAAGCCCGUGUCCAAUGUGAUCGUGGACUCCCGGGGUGCUGACGAUGACAAUGACGACGAAGAGUUUGUGGUGGAGGCAGCGCUGCAGGGUUCGGAGCUGGCGGAACUGGAAUCGGUACCAGCCGUGGAAUUAAAGGAAGAAGAGAAGCAUGGAGGACUUGUCAAAAAGAUCCUGGACACCAAGAAAAACUACGAGAAAGGAAUACAGCCGAGGUCUAAUGAGAAGGACAAGAUGCACUUGUUCGAGUCAGCGUGGAAGAAGGAGAAGGACAUUGUCUCCAAGGAACUUGAGAAGCUUCGCACCUCCAUCCAGACCCUGUGCAGGAGUGCACUGCCCUUGGGCAAGAUCAUGGACUACAUCCAGGAGGACGUGGAUGCCAUGCACAGUGAGCUCAGUCUGUGGCACCGUGAGCGCAGGCAGCACACAGAGGCACUGCAGAAGGAGCAAAGCAUCACCGAUUGCGCUGUGGAGCCCUUGAAAGCAGAGCUUGGGGAGCUGGAACAGCUGAUCCGAGACCAGCAGGACAAGAUCUGUGCAGUGAAGGCCAACAUCCUCCGGAAUGAGGAGAAGAUUCAGAGGAUGGUGCAUGCCCUGAGCUCCCGGCGCUGAAACUGCUGUGUGCCCCUCACCUAUCACUCAUAAAUGGCUCUUGCAGA